CGUGGAUUGAGCUCAAAGCAGAUCCGGUGCCACCAGGGGCAACAAGGGAUUUUCUGCCCGCAUUGCCAUAUUUUACCACAUGCUGUAGAGUUGGGGCUUCGGUGCUGUGCAGCGCUGCUUCCAUGGUGCGCGUCUUCAGCUUAAAUGGCAAGAUGCUCAUGGGUGAUUUUCCACUCAAAAACAGUCGAUUUACACACAUUGGGGAUCUCGCGGAUGAAAUUGCUGUAAUGCUGGAUGCGCCAGGCUGCAGUUUGGUGGGGAAAGCUGGAUCAAAGCUACCGUGCCAUCUUCUCAUCGAAGAUAGCGGUCUUUGUGAAGAAGACGAUAUCACAGCAGUGGCUGAGACAGUCGAUCCCUUGCUGGACAUGCUUGAGUUGCAAGAUUCAGAUGGAAACCUGGCCUGGGACAACCUGCAUGAACUUCACAUGGCAGCUCUCACAGCUGAGCAGAGACUGGUGGAAGUUGCUUGCGGCAUUGGUGCCCCUGGGCACCUCUGUGGUAUGCCUCUGCUGGAAUGGCCGGACAAGACGGUCCCACCUCCACCGAUGUUUUGUGAAGAUGGACCGAGGUAUUGUUCAAUAUCAAUGGACACACCUGUGAUCCACGCUGGCGCAAGAAUCUUGGUCUUUGAGGAAGGCGUAGCGGGCAAAGAUCCCAAGCCUAGGCUCUACUGCAAAGAUACGCCCACGACAGUGGCUGACUUGCGCAGCAUUUGCACUGAUCGGCCUGACUUGGCCUCAUUGAAGAGACAGGUGGAACAUAUAGAUGGCGAAGUGGUGCAUCCCACCAUCUCCGUGAUAAGCCACUCUCGCCAUGAAAUCUGCAUCCAACGAGGCCAUAGCAGGUACAACCUGGAAGAGAUGUGAGUCGCUCGGCAAGAGCUAGGGUUACACAUAUAUCCCGGCUUUAUUGUGGUGCCUGCGUGAGCAUUUGUGG